AGGAGGUUUUGUUUACAAGGAAGGAACGAAGAAAGAAAGUGUUUUGACGUCCAUGCUAGUGCAUGCUCGAGGGGUUUGCAUUGGUUUGCAUCCCAUAACUAUUACGAUUGUGAACAUGGUGAACAGUGAAUGGAUUUUCCUCAGUGUUGUGCUGCCAUGCGUUGAAAAAAGAUUUGUGCUGAAAUUUUGCACUCAAAAGACACUGGGAAUGGGACACGAAUUAGUGCUCCCUUUUAUUAAGCUGUAAUCACUGAGAAGCGUUGCGUUGAAGUGGCGUUUAAUCAGCUUCAUUCGAACUUAGUAGUCAGGGACAAAGCCAGCUUCUUCAAUCUGCGAGCUACGGCGGCCACUUGUGCGUGGAGCCACGGAACAUGCGACUGUGCGCUGCUCUUGGUGCCACCUGCACUGUGGCAGUGGCUCUGCUGUUCUACCCAGCCACUGCUCAUGGCUCAUCAUCACAACUAAUCGAGCGUGAGAACAAGUCCGUGGCGGGGGAGUGUGUAUUGCAGCAAGUAGCGCAGGGAGAGUAUGUUGUGCCGCUUUUGGAGCUGGAAACUACUACCACGGGCUGUUCGAGCAGGAAUGUGUCGGCGAAGUCCCAGGAAGUGCACGCGAUAAGAGUCGGCAAAGUGGGUCCGAGUACGGGUACCCUACCCUCCGUGCGUCUGCUGGUGAAGCCCCGACUGGAGCGUAGCACCCACGCUGGGCCCUUGGUUCUGGUCUUGGGGUCGCCGGGACCUCUUCGAUGGCAGCUGACCACGGAGCGUCUGCCAAACGCGUCCAAAAUCGAAGCUUUUGUGUCUUCUGGAUCAGAAGUGGUAACCCCGCCUUACGUACAAUUGGACACUACCUUGAAGAACCUGAAGUUUGAGGAGCUGCUUGCAUCCGUUGAAUCUCAGUUCCAUGUCCUUACUUCGUACUCUCUGGUUCACUUUGCAAGUUCUGUUAUCCUCAAAGUUGGAGUGGACCAGAAGGAACAAGCGACUUGCAACAAAAGUGCAGGCACAACCCACAAGCAUGUGGAAAGCUUUCUUGUUCUGCCUCAGCCCAUCAGAACAUGUGCUCAGCAAGACACCAACCAGAAUAACAGCAAAAUAAUCUACGUCAUCAACUUGGCAUCCUCUAUGGGGAGAGAAUCGGUCGUGGUGCAGCUUGUGUCAAGGGGAGGAAUUCACUUGGAGAAGCAUUACGUUUUGGUCCUGAAAUGCCAAAGCCAGCUUGUGAGGUGGGAGAUAGAAUCUGCUCGCGGUGUCCAAGGCACAGUCGAGAUUAUGACUGAAAACUCUGUUACCUCAGAAGCCACCUCUUACCUGCUGUCGGUUGUAGUGAGAACCUUCUCACUUCCUCGUGAUCACGACAGCCUGUUGAAGCACGUGGAAGAUUCUGUGGGCGUCCCUAAUUCCUAUAUUGAGGCUGAAGGAGCAUCCAGAAUCCAAGUUCUCGUGGACAGUGGGGAAACUGCCAAAAGCAUGAUGUGGAAUGAAAAGAUACCACCAAGUAUGAGCCUGGAGUCCAUGCUCUCUGAAUGGCCUGCGAUGCCCAUGAAGGCAACCAGUGUUCGUCAUGAUGAGAGAAAUCCUUUCAAAGGAAAAACCCACGCAGAAGUCAGAAUGCAUUCAGGAUUUGCUGUUGAAACCACUGCAUCAGGAAGACCUCCCAAGGAUCAUCAGGAGAAUGGAAUGUCCAGCAAGACUCCUAAGAUGGCAGUUGAUACCUUUGCUCAAGAAGUAACAGUGAAAUGUACAGAUGGGAAAAUACUUGCUGCCAUUCCAGUAACUGCGGUAGACACUGUCAUAAAUGAGUCUUUUAACGGCAGUGUUUCAUAUUGGAAGACAUUCCCAGCACAUCAAUAUAUUCACGACGUCACAUUGACUCUCAGGGACACUAAAUGUGUUGCAAGACAGAACGCUACUCACUACCUUUUGGAAUCUUUGCUAACCUCUUGCGGAGGUGAAGUUGAAGAACUAGGCUCCUCAACGGCUCACCUCCAUCAAGUACAAGUGUGGUUGCCUAGCAAUCACCAGCGGUCGACUUUGUCACCUCUUGCGCAAGGUACAGAGAAGCAUUAUGAAAAUGAUGAUGAGGAUGCUGUUGAAGAUGGAUCAGGCUCCACAGCAGUGGAAAGCAUUCUCGGAGAACAUCUUCUCUCUCUAAAUGUUUGGUGCUCACAAGAAAAUUCUUCAGUAUACCUAGGCAGCAUGAACAGUUCUCCUGAUGUAAAAGAGGAGAUAUUUGUUCCUCCUUUAUAUCAAAUGGACCUAUACCUUGACCAGGAAUACACGAAGCACAUUUCUGAUGCAGAAUUUCCAGUUGGUGUACCUGCCAAUAGUGUGAUAUAUACCCAUUUGGCUAUUCCAAACAUUCCAACAUUUUGCAUUACCAUGGACGAAUGCUGGUUGACUAACACGACUCAUUCUGAAGAUGAGCGUGUGCACAGAUGGACUAUAUUGAAGAACAACUGCCCUGCUCAAAUUGGAGUUAAGAUCCAGCAGACUGAUGCUGGCCCCUCAUCAACUCUUCCUGCUCACAUGCCUUGCUGGAAGAGAUUCUCCUUUGUGCUAGACAGGGAUUUCCUUGGUCAAUCUGUGUACCUCCACUGUCUGCUCGAUGCCUGCACUUCAUCAUCCACAGAAGGAAGCACGCCUAAAUGCCAUAGUCUUGGCCAGCGGUGCGGACAGCAGAGUCUCAAGUUGCACUUGGUGCAGUCAUCUAGCAAAUAUAGCAGCCUCAAAAUGCUUGGACCUAUCAGAGUACUUUCACAGAUGGAAAUGGAUGCUAAAAAUGGGGCAUCACCAAGGAGGCCGCAUUUUUUGAACCCAUUUGCAAAGCAAUACGUCGUGGAAGAAAAGAAGCCACCUGCACCCAAGUCUCCGGUGGCACCACUGAGCACUGCUGCAACUCCUCCGGCGUACCCUGGCGCUGCGCACAAGCCUGGUGGCACUUCUUCACAGCUGCCAGUUGUUGUAGUGGGAGUGAUGGUUGAGGCUGUUGUUGGCAUUGCAUUAUCAUCCUUUGCCAUCGGCGUGGCCUUAGUAGCAGCUAUAUGGUACAUUCAUUCACGAACCGACCCGCACAGGAGGAGGCCGGUUCGAUACCAGCCGACAUCCACGGGUCCGCAUCCGUGUAGCCGGCCCUGCAGCAUACCUCCGAUGCCUCACAACCUUCCAGUACGGGUUGCCAUGCCACUGCAGCCCUGCAUUUGAUGGCUUCAAGUGUGGGCGUCAGUCAAGGGGUUGCACGAUGGGUAAGGCGACGACGGCAGCAACAAUACUAGUCACACUUCCUAGUACCUCGAAAGCUAUAGUGCAGCGUACAGUGUAUGUAUUUGGACCAGUGGGGUGUCAGUCCUAGAGCACCUCGGUGAGGUGUACCGAGCGUUGAGAGGUUUGACUGGAGCAUGAGAGAAGAAAGUUUGCGCACAAGUGAUAUCACAUUUGAACUUCUCUUUCAAAACAUGCUGAGAAAAGCAUGUCGCAACAAGGGAAGUGCAGGACAAAGAAAGAAAACAGCUUUCUUUGUGCCUUUGUGUGUGUGUGUGUGUGUGUGUGUGCACUGACCAGAGCACUGCACGGGGUGAGUUCUCGGAAUCGGGGGUGGGGGCCUGCCUUAGUCCCAAGCGUAUUGUAGCAUGUGGCUAUAAUGCAAAACAUAAAAACAAUCAAACUGGCUGUGUUGCGAAGAGUAGUUGAGACGCUGCUCAUCGGCCCGCGAGAUCUACAUCGUGAUUGGAUGACGGAAAUUUGAAUUUUGAACGCGAGGAAGCGGACGUACGACUACCAUAGCAGACGACAGCAACAGCUCCCAUGAAAACUCGUAGGAUGGUCAUGAUAGUCAACUUUAGAAAGAAGCAUCCCUCGUGAGACAUCCACCGCUUGUACAAAAAUACUAAGGUAAGCUAAAGUAAGGAGAGUACUGUAGAAAUUCGGGAAGCAACAACUGGGCUGAUGAGUAGCGCCACCGCUGGCCACCGAAUGCGGUGCUGGGAAGAAGUCCGUGUGACAUGGUCUCUAUAAUCUAGUAGGUUGUGAUCACGACGCCGCCUGGGGCGCAGCGUCUAAAACAGCCCUGUGCAACACUGCAAAUUUGAUUGUUCCGAAUAAAGGAAUCAUACAUUUUUAGGGUGUCUACCAACCUGGAAAACAGGGAAUUGUCAGGGAAUUAUCAGGGAAUUUGCCAAAAAGCAGCUGAAUUCAGUCAGGGAAAAUCGCGGACAAGUGCCGUUUCUAUGCACGGCGAAUUGCAAGUGCCGAACAGUGGUUGAGCGGAAGUGCCGCAGCAACGUUGCUGGGUGUAGCAGUUGGCCAAUACGACAAGCUCCAGAGGCAGAAAAGUAGGGUAACCUUACUAAUACUCAAUAAAUUAUCUGUUUUAUGAGGGAUCUGUAUCAACACGUAUAGCAGCAGGCACCAAGUUGUCUUUUGUUUUGGUCUUGCUUGCAAUAGUCAGUGAAAACCGGGAAAACUCAGGGAAUUUGAAGGCUGCAAAUUGGUAGACACCCAGAUUUUAUGCUAUAACUAGAGCCUGAAGUAUUAGGGUUUAACCCGAUUCUUCCCCGAACUUGCACCUUGAAUUGAAGGUUACCUCUUUAGGGUGGAACCCGAUAUUUACCCGACAAAUUGGCCUGAGACGUCCGUAGGAAUGCACACUAACUUGUUUGCCAGAAAAAUACAAUUACAUCACCGUUUGUACCAAACCAGUACUGUUAGUUUGAGUAACUGAGCCCGAUUUCUAUCUGAAUUUAGCACAGUGGAAGUUUUUCCACCCAAAUAUGCAUCAAUUUAGAGCACGUGUUUAUUUACCCAAUUUUCACCCCCCCCCCAAUUUAGAAAAAGAAUAUUUUCCGAAAACUUCAGGCUCUAGCUAUAACUUUGCGCUAUUUAUCAGGAUUGAACCUCCUUCAGCGAUCUAUAUGUGGACAACACAAUGUUCCAUUUGCGUUGAGUAAUUGCUGAACAUGGCAUGCUGGCACGGGUAUACCUGUAGUUUUCCCAGGCAGUGCCAGAGACCUAGAAACUUCUGGUCUACACUGUCCGGCAACUACAAAGUAGCAGGUUAUAAAAAAAGUGACCGUGGGUAACUAACAGUGGCGUUGCACAGGUCAAAGUCCGAUCCAUGGCCAGUCAAUGGCAAACCCCAGCCCAGCCGAGGCUCUCGAAAAGGGUAAGCCGUGAGCCCGUGCAGUACUGUAGCGCUGGACACUUUCAAAGGAGGGGGCAAAAAUGAAACAACAAUGGUGAGACUGAAACAAAAAUUUUUGUGAAAAACGCGUCAUAACGAACCGGAUUUGGAUGAGAGCAGGAUGACGUGCCCAGAAGUGUAAUUUGGAAUACAACGGUCACAGAUGUACGAGACAAGACAUUGCUGCGGAGCUACUGAGAAACAAGGGCAAGGCACAUUAGACGACAUCUCGCCGUCUUAGCAGAAUGGAACAGAAUAUAUUUGGUGAUAUAAUAUAGAGGUGUUGCAAUCUGUUGCACAUCUGCUCAAUGCUAUCAGUCUCUCACAUCGUGCGCAUGUGAAACAUUGGUAUCAUCAUCACCCUUGCAUCAGUCUUGAUUGGUCGGUGAAUGCCCAUUUCAAACCAUAACUUCUUAAGAAGACUCAAUGCUUGUGCAUAUUCAAGAGACUACAUUCAUCUGCAGUGACCUGUUGCUGUGCUAACAUCAUAUGUACGUAUAUCGUAGAAGCAGCAAUCAUUUCAUCGCUCGCAAUUUGGUAACGUUUUUAUUGCAAAGGAAAGGCAAACAAAGUGGCAUCCGUCAUGGCUUUCCGUCCUUUUUUUGUGUCUGUCAUCUUGUUUCAGUCUUGCAUAUUUGUUUCAUUGGGAAAUGAACUUAACACAAAUAUGAAAUGUUUUCUUUUGAUACAUAAUAAUAUAUGGUUGUAUAUAUUUACUUUUGACUCAGGUAUUUUAUAUUUAUUUCAUAAUACAUACUAAGCGUAACUACCUCAAUGUUUUUCGUUUUUUUUUUAAAUAUGUGUUAAAGUACCUCAUAAAGACUGGUAUUUUAUUUGACACCCAAAGAACACUUCAUGCAAAGAUGUAAAUAAGAACGUACUGCAAACUUUGACGUUUGAAAGCUACAUUGUGUUCGAAGUUGUUGAGGUGCAUGCAUUGUACUCCUUGUCAUUGCAAAGCUCUGUUGGCUCUGUAAUGCCAUGUGAGUACCGUUACAUCUCCUUAGAGUUGUUUAUCUUUUUAAAAAUUUGGAUAGUGUUCCUUUGGGUUUAUUUGUUGUGAAAUAUACAAAAUUGCCCACACCCUUGAAAAGGAUGUGAAUGCUCUGCAAGAGCUUGCAGUGAACAUUUGUAAAUAUGCUGCCGCAAACUCACUUCUAAGUCAUGCCAUAGCGGAGUAAAAGGUGCAAGCAGCAUUUAUAGUUCCAAGUACAAAACGUUAACAAGCUGAACAGUUUCCCUAACACUGCGACACUGAGAAGAAAGAAAAAAGUUCUUUAAACUUGCGCUUUACACCAGUAAACAUUGUUGUACCUCUAUGGAUCCACCUGAUUUGUGUAAAUAAAUAUUACUGGGGGCUGUCAUGCUUGAUUCGAUGAGAUUGUUUGGAAAAGUCUAGACUUGUGGAGAAAAAUAUUGCUCCACAUAACUGCAACACUUGCAGAGUGUUACUGUGUGUUGAAGCUGGAGUGCCACGUGUGUCUGCAUAUCAAUUUGACACUUUGGAGGUGCAUAGGACGUCUGCAAGAGAUUUUGAUGUUGACUUGUAUUUAUGAAAUGCACAUAUGAAAGAAUCCAUGAGAUCGUGCCAAAUUUGUAGCCUUAUAUAGGUCUGAUUCUUCACGCAAUAGUGCCCGUAAAGUAUUUUUCCAAGAUUGUGACAAGUUACAUAUGAAUAACAAUUGUUGGAAAUUGUCAAUUCGUGCUGUAAAUUUCGAGCAUGGUGGUGCUAAAUAAGUAACUGCAAUUUGAGUUCACUCGUUUGUGCAUGCCAGUGCGUUGAAGAAACAAGAUGGUGAGGAUCUGAUUUGUUUAUGCUAUGUUUUGAGAAUUUGUUUUAAAAUUCGAAAUAGCAAUGACUUAACGAUGUGAAUGUCAAAUUUCAUGAAGGUGAAUUUUGUGUUACACGAGAUAUUUGGAUCGUCAUCAUCGGAAACAAAUACGAACUCAAAAGUUCUAAAAAUGAUGCAAUGUCUUGCUCUACAUUUGGAUAUUUCGCUAAAGCAUUAUUGUACAUACUAACAUCACAUUAUCACAUGCAGCCUGUGGUGCUGAGCUGGAACAUCUUGUUCUAUACAUAAUUCAAAUUCUAUAAGGACUUGGUUUCAUGCUGUUUUGUAGUACAAACACUCUGUAUGCAGUGUCUUUUUUUUUUUUUAGUAGAUCGAUUUUUUAUUAAAGCUAUGAGAUCAGCACAGAUGCUAUGUUUACAAGUGGCUUACACAGCAAAGUGGACAUUCUUUACAAGAGGGUGUGUCACUAUCAGAUGACAAAUUAUCUAAAAUUCAUUAAUCUGCUUUUUAACUGCAGCCUUUCAUGCAAAUGUGAUACUAUCAGAUUUGAAGACAGCUGUUGCUUGAAGGCAUCCGCGUUAGGAGUGCGGGAAGAACAACCCUAUCCAGCGAGGGUCACUUAUCUGGGCCAGUAGACAGAUUAUCACAGAUCACUCCAAUCACUUUUGUUGCUCCAUAGCAUAUCAUGUUGCCCUCUGACAGGGGAAGGGGGUUGUUAUUCCUGUAUUCGAUAUGGGCUUCGUUUCAGAUAUUUUCUUUCUUUACUGAUUUGCACAACAAUAAUGUGGCAAUGGAUAUCUAAAAAAAUAGGACUGCCUUGAAGAGUAACUUCCUUCACACCUGCUAUAUCACAUUUGCCUGAAAACCUGUCAUCACGAGAGUUGACUAAUGGAAUUUAGGCAAUUAAUCGCCCUCGUAGUUACAUACCUUCUUUCAAAAAGCCGUAUAACCCAUAACCCGCCUGCAGAAGCGGUGUCUGUGCUGCUCUCAUAGAUUUUCAUAAAAAAUCUAUCUCUGUCAAAAGAAGAAAAACACCCUGUGUAACCGCUGCAUUGAAGCACCUGAUACCUGAACCAUGAUGUACAAAACACAUCUCCAGAAGAAGCUCUAUUUUCUCUAUAAGGCUGUCAUUGACAUAAAUGUAGUGUUGUUUAGCAGGGCUAUUGUAUUUGGUACUGUGUAGCUUCACAGAAAUUGGUUGCUUAGCUGUAACUGCUGUGAACUGUUCUUGUAUGACUUACUAUGCACAAUGUCAUGUCUGCAGCAGUGUGAAUGAACGUAUACUCAUAUUGGUCUUGAUUGUUGUUGUACGCAACAACAGUCAGGAAGUUUAGAAUGGUUUGUUAUGUAAAAAAAGAAGAGAGAGCCAGGCAAGAGGUUAUCUGGAUGUUAACUGGAUUUUGCAUGGCCACAAAGAAAAAUUGCAUGCUUUAAUGUAGAUACGUUUGACAGUUGUUAUACAUAAUGCCCAACCCGCCUUGCUGACUGGAAAAUUUUCCUGAAGUAUCUAUAUGCUUCUCUAGCAUAUACAGGGUGUCCCAGAAAAUGUGUCAUUGAAUUAUAAUAAAAAAAACU